AUGAGAAUUAAGAAGAAGAAUACAUCCGGUAAUGCUAAGAAUUUCAUUUCUAGAUCCCAAGCUGUCAGCAAGCUACAGAUCUCCUUAGCUGAUUUCAGAAGAUUGUGUAUUUUCAAAGGUAUUUAUCCAAGAGAACCAAGAAACAAAAAGAAGGCUAAUAAGGGUUCUACUGCCCCAACAACUUUCUAUUUCCAAAAGGACAUUCAAUAUUUGAUGCAUGAACCUGUAUUGGCUAAAUUCAGAGAACAUAAAACUUUCUCUAAAAAAUUAACAAAAGCUUUAGGAAGAGGUGAAGUCGGUACUGCAAAGAAAUUAGAAGAAAAUAGAAGUACUUACAAAUUGGAUCAUAUUAUUAAAGAACGUUAUCCAAGUUUCCCUGAUGCUAUCAGAGAUAUUGAUGAUGCUCUAAAUAUGUUAUUUUUAUUUGCAAACUUACCAGCUACUGAUCAAAUUUCUGCCAAGAUCACAAAGGAUGCAAAUGUCAUCUGUAACCAAUGGUUAGCAUUUGUCGCUAGAGAACGUUUAGUCCGUAAAGUCUUUGUUUCCAUCAAAGGUAUAUAUUAUCAGGCUACCGUUAGAGGUGAAGAAGUUAGAUGGCUAGUUCCUUACAAGUUCCCAGAAAAUAUCCCAACUGAUAUCGAUUUCAGAAUUAUGUUGACUUUCUUAGAGUUUUACUCAACUUUAUUGCACUUUGUCCUUUACAAAUUGUACACGGACAGUGGUCUAGUAUAUCCACCAAAGGUUGAUCUAAAUAAGAGCAAAAUAAUGAGUGGUUUAUCUACUUAUAUUUUAGAAAGUCAAAAUGAAGAUAGCGUCCUGUCUGCUGUUCCAAAAUCUACCAACAAUGACAAAGCUGCUGCCAUCGAUUCUGCUACUUUGAAAUCUGCCAUGAAGGCCGAUAAAGAAAACAAGGAUGAUGAAGAUGAUGAAGGAGAAGAAAAAGACGUUAACAAUGUAGAACUAGACACCUUUGAGGACAACAAUAAAAACAAAGGUGAUGAAUUAGCACAACCAAGUCAAUUUGAUUCACCAAUAGCUACUUUAUUUUCUGAUUUUGUUUUCUAUGUCGGUAGAGAAGUCCCAAUAGAUAUUGUCGAAUUCUUGAUCUUAUCAAGUGGUGGUUCUGUUAUCAGUGAAGCUGCUUUGGAUCAAGUUGAUGCUAAAGAUUUAGAUUUCUCAAACGUUACACAUCAAAUUGUUGAUAGACCCGUUUUAAACAACAAAGUACCUGGUAGAACUUAUGUUCAACCUCAAUGGAUUUUCGAUUGUAUUAAUAAAAAAAGCUUGGUCCCAGCAAACUUAUAUAUGCCAGGUGAAACUCUGCCACCACAUUUAAGUCCAUGGGGUGACGCCACUGGUUAUGAUCCAAAUGCUUCAGAAGACGAUGCUGAGGAAUCUGAAAGUGAAGAAGAAGUUGCUGAAGAAAAUUCUGGAGAAGAAGCUGAUGUUGUUGAUGAAGAUGGCGAAGAUGAUGAAGAAUUAGCUGCUCAAAAGGAAUUAGAACUAGAAGUUAAGGGUAUUUCUUUCAAUAAAGCUAAAGAAGCUGGUCUAGAAGUUCAAAAGAAGUCAAAGAAGAGAAAGGUAGUUGACGAAGCCGAAGCCGAGAAGCAAUUAAAGAUGAUUAUGAUGAGUAAUAAGCAACGUAAGUUAUACAAAAAGAUGCAAUACUCUAACAAUAAAAAGGAAGAACAAGUAGAAAAUUUGAAGAAAAAGAAGAAGCAAAUUGCAAAGACCAAAGCCAAUUUGAAGAAAUUAGAGAAAAAAUGA